AUGUUACCGUUCAAUAACGUUACAAACACUAUUGAUUCCUCGAAACAACUCGGAAUAGGGAAAGUAGUAAGGUAUUGUCUGAUCUGUGGCGACAAAUCCACCGGAUUUCACUAUGGAGUUCUGACCUGUGAAGCCUGCAAGGGAUUCUUCCGCCGUGGCCACAACAACGAGUUUCAAUGCAAAUACAAGACACCGUGCGUGAUCACCAUGGAAAAUCGGAACGACUGUAAAGCUUGCCGACUGAAGAAGUGCAGAGAAGUGGGAAUGAAUAAACAAUCUCAUUCUGUGCAACCUGCCAAAGUACCAAUCGACCCGAUUCAACAGGACAAGUUGGAAUUUGAAUGGAUCUCCCAACAAAUUCGUCGAUUGCAUUUGUCGACUUAUGACUACUCAAGCGAUAGAAUGAUGCUGAUGACGAUCAAGGAUUUAGAACUGAAAAACAAAACCGAAACUCUCCAACACUUUAUCAACGAAAUCAACUCCGACAUCACCUCCUUCGUUUUCUUCCUCAAAUCCGUUCCACUUCUCGAGGAAAUGACCCCAGAAGACAAAAGUAUUCUCAUGAAGAGACACGCCUUCUCAAUCUAUCUCGUUCGAUCCGCACCAGCUUACACUGACAACGGAUUUCUAUGCAUGAACGGUGGCCGCAUUGCUUGGCAGAAGUUCUACGACGUCUAUGGAGAUUUGGGAAUGAAAAUGAAUGCAACUGCGACUGAGAUUCGAGAGAUGAAUUUCACUGAGGCGGAAAUCGGGGUGUUCUUGAUGCUCAUCAUGCUUCAGCCGAUUCCAAUGGAAGACGUGGUGCAGGCGGGGUUCCAGAAUGUGUCACUGUUGACUGAAACUUACACUCGGUUCUCCAGAAUUUUGAAUUACCAAUUGACAACUCGUGAUCCAGAAAAUCGAUUGUACGACAAGAUUCAGGGACUCCUCGACGAGGUUAACGCAAUCAAUAACCUGCACAAGCAAUCCAUUGAUUUGAUCAAAACAAACAUCACCAGCUUUUCACUUCCUCCACUAUUCGCUGAUGUCUUUGGUAUUCUAGACAUCGUAUUGGAUGGCCCAGCAGUCGAAUGA